UUUGUAGGGGAUUAACACUAAACCUAAUUAACCGGACAAGUGGACAACUAAUAUGUUACGUUGUGUUGCAAAGGAAUAUGGACAUUUCCACAACCACCACUUCUUAUUCACGAGGUGGCAACUGAAAUUCAAUAGACAAGCUAGGAAACUAGAGUAGGAGUGUGAUCCUAAUUAAGAAAAUUAGCUAAAAGACGGCUGAGCAGAAAAGCAACAAGUUAAACAGGGCUUCCUUUUGAUUGUUGUUUCACUUCAACAUGGCAAGCGACUAAGCGAGCAUUAGAAAGGGUACUAUUACAGUACUCCUGCAUCUUCAAGAAAUGGAAGUACAAAUCAACAGUAUAAUUUAUAGCUGAAAAGUAAAACUGCACCCCCCAUUUAAAAUUUCAUGCCCAUAGAGUGAUUUUAGGAAGCUGAUGUGGCAGAGUGUUAAGCGGGAAAAAAAAAGGAGUUCCGCCUGAUUUCAGAACCAAAAAACUGUCCACUACCCACCUUUUUCUCCUUCCAGGCCCACGUUCUCAUUUAAUUUGUAUUUAUUUGCAAAACAACAAAAUCCAGAGGCAAAGCUCCUUCCUCUUCCCCUUCGCAUCAAUUCCUUUGUUUUUUUCGUCGGCAAAGGAAACUCGGGUAUCAGGCGACGAAAAGGGGAAGAUCUAGGUUUCUGAGUUGCGACGGCCAGAGGUGGGGAUUCCAAUUUUGGUUCGUCGGUGAGCAAAUUCAAAAUCUCUUUUGUGUGACCUCGCCUAUUGGGGCCUUCUCUACUCGGAUUCUCCAGUUCCCGUUCUGGAUUGCUCCCUGUUGAUGGAUAUAGUCGACGACGCUAUUCUCCAAGACUGAGUGAAUGGCAACCGAGCAACAGCAAAAGGGGAACCAGCUAGAGGGCCACGCGCUCGAUUUUGACGUCGAAUAGUUCGCAAUUCUGGUUGGAGAGGAACAAAGGACAAAGGAGGCUCGCUAACCAGUCACAACUUCAUCUGUUGUCGGGAUGUUCAGAUCCGGUGCUAUGAACUGUGGGCAUGUCAUUCGCUCACCUUCUGUCGAUUUUAUCUAACCUUUUUCUUUUGCGGGCUUUAUUUGUUGUUGAUUUCCAUCGUGGUUCAUUUUUCUAUUCUUUUAUGUUCAGUUUCUUAUUGUUCCUUUUUUGUUGUGUUUCAUUUUUUGUUUUGUUCUUUGUAUUCUAUUCUCCAUGUUUGAAUUACAGGCAUGUCGCACUAAUGUUACCCUUUGGAAACCCCACAUUCGAUGUUCUCCUACUAUUCUCUCCGCCCCUGUUUUCGGGAGACCGGGUUGCCCCUCUUCGUCCCAGGAUCCCAUCACCCCUAUUUUCGCUUUUGAGUUUUCUAAGCAAGCUUUCGGCUUUAGCCAUCGUCGGAUUUGCUGGUGCCACUUGCACUGUCUCCCUCCGUCGUGGCGUGCAAGUUGGUACUUUGCUCUUUCCUUCAGCUUUCAAUUUGGAAGGUGUCAUGACUGGCGCAGACUGUGACAUUAGCAGUGGUGGGAUAAGCCUUACCAUGCUUUACAUAUUCUCAUGAGAUGUGCUUUUUUAGUUUGUAUUGGUGAGUGGCAGCAGGAUAAGUUGUCUCACAAAACCGAAGCAUGAGAUGCCCAAAGUUUCCUGCUUCGGUUUUGGGAUACCAUGGGUUGGCUCACUCUCUGUGAGAUACCUUCAUUUUUAUUGUUCAUGACAAAAACUUAGGAUUUGCUAGAAAUAAUAAGGGUUUAGCAUUAGUAUUCAUAAGACAAUUAGUGAAAAAUUAGAAUCUACAAUGUUUAGUUUAAAGUUUUGUGUUCUCAUUUGAAAUUCAGCCUGUUGUUCUCGAAGUUGAUAGGCCUAAGUUAUGUCUCAAACAUAGAUCUGAUGCAUUCAUCUUAUCAUAUCAUUAUGUAGAGUAUUCUGUUCCACAGCUGAUUUCUCCUCCGGGCCUUUUUUGUUUGUUAUGUUCUUGGAAACUAAUAAAUUUCUAUGGAAAUUAAAAGCUGGCCACCAACAAAGGAUGAAUGCCUUUUGUAGAUUCUGUCAUGGUGUUUUAUUUUGCUGUGUCUAUUCUUGAUUUGAAGUUUCUCAUAGCUUCCCUACAUAAGUUUAGGUAAGGAAAAGUAGUAUUCAAUUAGCUACAUAGGUACUUUUAUUAUUAUAAUAGAAUUAGACAGUGUUGGGGGUAUGAGUUUUGGUAAAGUUGUUAAGUUAUUAUUAUCUCUACAUCUUUGUAGUUUUGCCAAACUUUGUGGCGUUCAAAAGUUGAGUUAUGUGGUUUAGUAUUGUCACUGCAUUGUAUAUGUGUUUCCUGAAUCUCCAUGGCUUAAUGAGCUACAUAUAUUUCGUGUUUUUUAAUGAAUAGGGUGGUUGUGUGGAUGUAUCAAUAAGCUUUGCUCGAUACUAAAAAUAUUAAUGCCUAAAGCUCCCAUAAUAUUAGUAGUGAACAUGAAGUUGGUGACCUUGAUGCUGCCAAAUGCACCAAAAUUGAUAAAGCGAACCAUGAUAUUAUAUUGCAACACCUUUAGUCGAGUCACUAAAGAGGAAGGUCCAUGUGAAUUCAGAAAGUGAUGCACAGAUGAUCGAGUUUUUGAAUGUUUAUUCUCAUGAAUGUUCAAUUAGGUUUAUCGAUGACUUUAUACGCAUUAUAGCUGAGUGGAUUGUGUGUUUCUCUAUACCUACACGUUUUAUUUUGCUAAGUCACUUUGUAUGAAUAUUUCACCAAGUUUGCGACUCCAUUUCUUUUUAUGCAUGGAGCAUCAUGCAAAUCAUCAUGCCUUCUAACAAUAACUAUAUAUAUACACUAUCUCUUCCCCUCUUUUAUCUAUGGCUCUAUCUUCUAAUCAAGUUGCAACACUACUACAUUACGCUACAUAUUUCCUAGCUCCUAGAAUCAGUGGCGGAUUCAGAAAAUUUUCACAGGGGUGUCCUCUUCAAAAAUUAAAUUUAAUUAUAUAAUAAAUUAAAUAAUUCGUAUAUUAAAAAUAUCAUACUUGUAUAAUUUUUAUUAAAUAAUAAAUUAAAAUUCAUAUUUUGAAAAAUAAUAUAAAUAAACUCCGUGUCUGCACUGUUCAAAAAAUCUACAUAUCCUACUAGACAAUACUUCACGAACUUAUCACAUAUUCGAUUUCUAACAUUGUUCUUAAUGUAGCUCAAAGUAGAAAAGACUCUUUCAACACUUGCCAUGUAACCAUAAAAUCAAUUCAAAAUUAAGGGUAGCGUGUACGUAGUUUAAUUAUUAGGUAUUGAAAAUAGUUGGGGAUAAAGAAAUAGCGUUUUACUGU